AUGGUGGACGAGCUGCUGAGCAGCACGUGGGAGCCGAUCGACCCAACCUUUGACACUUCCAGUACUACUAAUAAGGGGCGUCUCGUGCGCCACGCCUCCUUCACUCAGCAGACCACAAGCCUCAACGCCCUGCAAAGCGUCUUGACGGAGUCUAUCGACCGCCUCGUGCAGCACCGCAAAGUGGUGUCCAACCGCAUCGCAGAGCUGGAGCAGGACAGUCGACGAGUGAGCGGCAAGUUCCAGGAGGGACUCGUGAAACCGGAUUUACUACUAAAUGAUAUUUGUGCGCAGAUGGAAGACUUGGAGGAGAGAUUCACCAAAGUGAGCUCGUCGGCGGUGCUGAUUGGAGAUAAAUUGUCAGGGCUGGAUGGAGAGCGGUCGAGAGUUCUCGAGACGGACGAGCUCAUGGAGGCGCUGCUAGCGCUGAACGACCCGAGCAGCAAGUUGACCAAGUCCAGCAACAGGCUUUUCAACAUUCUGCACGAUCCGAAUCAGCUGCGCGAGGCAUCAAGGAUUGUCAAGAAGAUGAGUGUCUUCUCGUCCGAGCUAUCGUCUCCUACGAUAGCGUAUGCUGUGGCAGAGAUCGAGAGGUUGAGUCAGACGACGGAGAAUGAUUUGUUGACGGAGUUUACCAACGAGCAGCAGAAAGGAAACUUGGCGGGGAUGCACAAAUGCGCCGAGUCGUUGAUCGAGUACAACGACAAGGAGAAGGUGGCGGAUAGAUAUGUCUGGAACGUCAUGUGUGACAGGCUCGCAAAGGCCGCGGGUGAACCUGCUGCUUCCUCGUUGGACCCCAUCGAAGACUUGGACGCACUGUUCACAAAGAUACUUACAAUCUGCACGGAACAAUUCCCGGUGAUCGACAGCGUGUUUCCAGCUGUAGCGUGUGACUCCAUUCGCGAGCUUUUGGUUGAGCGCCUGUUCAAUGACCCAGCUUUUGGAAUUCUAUCGUUCUUGGACCAAUUUCUCAGCACCAGGCGCUACACGGAACCAUCGGGUGCUUCGUCGAACACUGCAGACUCCUCAUCCACGAGCGACUCAGACCCCGUUUUGUCGACGAGUAUGCAGAACAACCGAAGCUACGUGAAGUUGCUGUGCGCUGCGUAUGAAAAGACGUGUGCGAUGGUGUCAGAAAUUGAAACUAUUGAGAAAUCGAAUCAGGCAGACACUCACAAGCGAGAAGGUUUCUUCAACCAGGAUAAUGAUGACCAUUCGAGGGAACGAAAGCCUGCUGGCGAGAGUAGCGACCGUGAGCGAAUCCACACGUUCCUCAAUCUGCAAAUGCACUCAUUGUUCGGGAACCAUCGAGAAAAAUACUUGACGACGGAGCUGGAUUUACUGCAGAGUCAAUUCAAGAACAUUUUCGCAACGGUGCAGUUUCCCAAGCCACCUGUGGUCUCAAAAUCUAAGGGAGGAACCUCCAAAUCGAAAACCUCGGCUACAUCGGCUGCUUCAACUACAUCAUCGACCCAGUCCCCAUCCGCUUCUUCGACCCAACUGGUGUCGUCGGCCUCAACGACGUCGAUUUCGUCGUCUAGUUUCGAAAAGGAUGGUGGCGUUUUGCAGCUGGAAGGGUCCUUAGUCUUCUUUGAGAGCCUUCGAGGACUAGUGGAAGAUGAUGCGGUGCCUACUAAAUAUGCGGAAGUGAUUGACGAAACCAUUGAGCGGUGUGAGAUUAUCUUGAAAGACUCCGAGCUGCGUGGAGAGCUGGUGACGAAGGUGUUUACGUCUUUUGUAGCAUCGUUUGGAGAUGAAUACCUGGGUGCUCUCCUCAAGAGAAUUGACUUCCUUGACGAGCAAUUCGAGACUUGCAUUGCGCCUUCUCAGGAGGACUCUCCAACACAAUUGACAAUUUGCCAGGAGAGCAAACGGAAGUGCCUGGACAAACUUGAGAGCUCCAUUUCAGCCGCCCUACAGCAAGCUCUAACUGUGAUCGAGAAAACGGUUGGGCAGAUCCUGGCGGCGAAUCAGGGCAAAACAGACUUCCUGGGAGGACAAGCGAGUAUGUCUCUAUCAUCGUCCAAGGCGUGCCAAAAGUGCACCGAGUAUCUCCAACCACUCGUUGAAACAAUUUGUCGCGUGUUGAUCGAGGAGAAUUGCGACCGCUUCCUCGUUGCUUUGGCCCAGUCCUUCAAGGAGCUGUAUCUCCAGCACCUGCGCAAGUUCCGCUUCGACCCCGACGGAGCCUGCAUGCUACUCCGCGACGUCAGCGAAUAUCGUCAGGCCUUUCGGUCGCCUUCGCAUCCUGUCGCAGUCGACGAGAUAUUCGACCUCUUACACGAGAUCGCGAACGUGUUCGCGCUACCGCCAGAGAACCUAGGAGGGUUUGUUCGUGAAGGGAAACUAGCGACACUCAACAAGCAGACAUUGCAGCAUAUCGUGAAGCGCCGCUGGGACUACAAGACGAAUGCAGAGAAGAUUGCUGCGUCAUUGAAAGACGCGAAACAGGAUGCAAAGGACGAGAAAUCGACGUAG